AGCGGCGGAGGCGGGGAGGACUCUCCCAGCGUGCCGCCGCGGGGCCUCCUACUCGUCCGGACUCGGCCCGCCCCGAGGGGCGUGAGGAGGGGAGGGGCUGCGGACUUAGGACUCUGGCCCGGAGCUGGAGCCCGCAACCCGCUCAGGCGGCGACGGAGCCAUGUCGGCGCUGCUGGGGCUCCGGCCCGAGCUUCAGGACACCUGCACCUCGCUGGGACUGAUGCUGUCGGUCGUGCUGCUCGUGGGGCUGGCCCGCGUGGUCGCCCAGCAGCAGCUGCACAGGCCAGUGGCCCACGCUUUCGUGCUGGAGUUUCUAGCUACCUUCCAGCUCUGCUGCUGCACCCACGAGCUGCAGCUGCUGAGCGAGCAGCAUCCUGCGCACCCAGCCUGGACGCUGACGCUCGUCUACUUCUUCUCGCUGGUGCAUGGCCUGACCCUGGUGGGCACGUUCAGCAACCCGUGCGGCGUGAUGAUGCAGAUGAUGCUGGGGGGCUUGUCCCCCGAAUCGGGUGCGGUGAGGCUGUUGGCUCAGCUGGUUAGUGCCCUGUGCAGCAGGUACUGCACAGGCGCCCUCUGGAGCUUGGGUCUGACCCAGUAUCACGUCAGCGAGAGGAGCUUCGCUUGCAAGAAUCCCAUCCAAGUCGACUUGUCCAAAGCGGUCAUCACAGAGGCCGUCUGCUCCUUUCUCUUCCACAGCGCUCUGCUGCACUUCCAGGAGGUCCGCGCCAAGCUUCGUAUCCACCUGCUGGCUGCGCUCAUCACCUUUUUGGUCUAUGCAGGAGGAAGUCUAACAGGAGCUGUAUUUAAUCCAGCUUUGGCACUUUCGCUACAUUUCAUGUGUUUUGAUGAAGCAUUCCCUCAGUUUUUUAUUGUAUACUGGCUGGCUCCUUCUUUAGGUAUAUUGUUGAUGAUUUUGAUGUUCAGCUUUUUCCUUCCAUGGCUGCAUAACAACCAUACAAUUAAUAAAAAGGAAUAACUUCCAGAAGACUCAGACUAACAUACAGGACAGUCCAGCUGGAUGUGAUAAAUAUUUUAUCACCUCAUAUUCAAAAUACUGGCUGCACUGGAUUCAUCAGUGUUCACUUCCUUUGAGGAAGCUGCCUUACAGUUUUCAUGACUGGGACAUAAAAAAAAAAAAAAACUACUUUGAAAAUGAGGUAUCUUGUACUUCUCAGUUAAGACUUGUUCUUUGAAUGAUGUAUUAAAUGCUGCUAGAAAAGCCUCAUUACCUAAACAUAAGUCAAUCUCAA